GCCGUGAGCCAUUGCCGUUCUCUUCGCCGUUGACACUGGUGACGCCUCGUCGCUUCCCCUUCACCGGACCAUCCAAUCUCAAGCUCUCUCUUCUCUUCCUUCGACCAGAUCUCGGAACCAGAUCGGGAGGAGGAGGAGGAGGCGGCGGUGAAGAUGGCACACCGAGUGGACCACGAGUACGAUUACCUCUUCAAGAUCGUCCUCAUCGGAGAUUCCGGCGUGGGUAAGUCCAACAUCCUCUCCAGGUUCACCCGCAACGAGUUCUGCUUGGAUUCCAAGUCCACCAUCGGCGUCGAAUUUGCCACCAAGACCCUUCAGAUAGAAGGGAAGACAAUCAAGGCACAGAUCUGGGACACUGCUGGUCAAGAGAGAUACCGCGCCAUAACCAGCGCGUAUUACAGGGGUGCAGUGGGAGCACUCCUAGUCUAUGAUAUAACAAAGAAGAAAACGUUUGACAACGUCCAGAGGUGGCUUCGCGAACUAAGAGAUCAUGCUGAUUCCAACAUCGUCGUCAUGAUGGCUGGCAACAAGUCAGACUUGAAUCACUUGAGAGCAGUCUCAGAAAACGACGGCCAGGUACUUGCCGAGAAAGAGGGGCUUUCUUUCUUGGAGACGUCAGCACUAGAAUCACACAACAUCGAGAAGGCAUUUCAAACAGUUCUCACAGAGAUUUACCACAUCGUAAACAAGAAGGCACUUGCAGCCCAAGAGGCGGCGAGGACUGCAGUGCCCCCAACUCAAGGAACGACCAUCAAUGUAUCUGAUUCUGCUGGAGGCUCAAAGUAUGCUUGUUGUUCGAGUUAGGCGAUUAUUGCCUUUUGAAAGAGUGCUUGAACAAGAAAUUUGUGUCUCCAGGAUGAAAAAUUGUUUGUAGAUUAUUCUUCUAUGUUUGACGCGUGAUUUGGAGAACCUGGAAAUUAGAUUUUCUUUACUUUUCCUCGGGAAAAUUCUGUCGGUAAAAGACACGGAUGACAUGUGUAGUGUGCAAAUCGUUUUCUUCUUGUUUUCACUUGGAUCUUCCUUGUGAAGGACACACUAAAAAUGAAUGUUUCUCCCUUUUUGUGCUGUU